AUGACUUCAAAACCAGAAACUGUAAAAGGGACGGCCACGACCGAAGCUACUCCUGAAGGAGAAUACCGCGGAUGGGCCGGGGCCGGGGCCGGGGCCGAGGCCGAGCCGACAGCUGAACCGACGGCCGAACCUCAGCCCGAAUGGGAUAUUGCUGUGGAGACUUGGGGAGCCGCGUGGGAAUUUCAUCAAUAUGGACUCGGAGCUCUAUUCGGUGUCAUCAGUUUACUAGCGUUUGUGGCGCUGGUGAAAUUAUUUAAAAUGGAUAGGGGGGCUCGACAAAAGAAAGUGUCGUUCGUUGUGCUGAGUCAAAUCUUCAUCUUCGGUUCAUCAAGAUGUCUCUUUCUGUGUAUUGACGCCUACCAUUCAAAGAAGCAUGUUUCAGCGAAAGUGACGAGUCUACUCUGGGGAAUUGGACAGCCUUGUUUGAUUACAGCGUUCAUGCUGAUUUUCUUAGUGUUGCGAAAUGCUUUAGUGAUGAAAAACAGAUUUCAAACCUGGUAUACGACAAGAAACAUAACUUUGGUUACUCUUCCUUACUACAUCUUCGUGUUCACAUCUGAGUUGAUUGUCGCGUUUAUUCCAGCUUACAGCGGCUUGAUACUGGCUUGCCAGGUAAUAAACAUACUUCUAUAUAUCAGCCUGGCCUUCUUUUACUCAUACAUUUCCUUCCUUAUUUGGAAAAAGCUUCACACUGUGCGAGAAGGUUCGUCGAAAACUCUAGACAGAGGAACGCAGACAUUUUCUAUUUUCAAACGUUGUGUAACAGCCAGUGUAGGCGGCUUUAGUAUCGCCGUCAUGCAUCUUUACGCUGCGGUCAGCAUCAGCGGCGCUUCAUCCCAUGCGCAAUUCAUUUCGCCGUGGCCUUGGUACAUUUUCAUGACAUUAAUGCGGUGUCUGGAGCUAGGAAUGUCCUUACUGCUCUACACGACAACUACAAACAAUAGUUCUGGUCAAAAAGCUUGUAGGAAGAUAGAUGAGGCACCGAUGACCACAAUGCAGUCAAAGACUGUCAACAACUCGGAAAUAGAUGACGACAAAUGAGCAGAGCAAGAGCUGGAUCCCAAUCUUCAGUGCUCAAAAAUGCUCAUAGAUAAUAGGCCUUUUUCCAAAAUGUCCAAAAUGAUUAUCUGCACGGCAAGUUCAUAGUUAUAAUCAUAAUUUAUAAUAAUACUAGCAUCAAAAUAGUGUACCUUUUUUGCAAUUUUUCAAACUUUCGAGAAACCUCAAGGCUGUAUUAUUGAACUGAGCGCGUCAAAAGCAGACGCAGUCAUGUAGACCAUUGGGAAGUGGCGGCCAGAAAGGCAAUAUUUAUAUUCCAAUUUUAGACGUCCUUUCUAGGAGGGUUUUAUUGGCCAAACCUUAAGCUGCUCCUUGCAAGUCUCCAUCGAUUUCUGGCACACUUGUGAUCGUUUUUACAUUGAAUAUAGGUACAUAGACUGCAUAUUUCCAAGCCCGAUUUGGAACAUAGUCCAGAUUAGUUAGCGCAACAAAAUGCGUACCGUAAUUAUUUGAUUUUGUACCCGGGGCGUUUAAUUGCUUUUAAUCGGUAUCUCAGGGAGGGUGCUUAUUGGAAUCAAGGUGCCUAUUAGGGACAAGACACUUAUUCCUUUUUUGAGAAACAGCAGAAUGUGACGGAAACAAAGCUUUGAUAUUUAUUUGAAAAGGAUCAGAAAGACUGAAAAACGGACUUGUUGUCCCUCGUCGCAAAAUUUUGAGACAGAAUCUUUCAUUUCAAGAAACUGUAAGACCACUGCUCUUGUCGUGAGGCUUUAAGUGAGCAAUUAAGGAAAGAUGAACCUCGGUUGAUCUCAAUGUAAAUGUACCCUAAAAGUGCUAUUACUGAAACUGAGUAGGGGCGUUCAUUAGGAUAGGGGCGCUUAUUCGAAUAAGUGCACUUAUUUAUAAAAACAGUAUAGAGGGGGGCCGCUUAUUGUAAGAAGGGUGCUAAAUCAAAUCAUUAUGGUACUUAAAUUUCCAAGUAUCGACACUAGAUAUAGU